AAACUACAUAAACAAAUGCGGGACUAACAUAUGGCCGCGCUCAGUUCACAGAUUUCUACACGUCAGCUUCAUAUAUUAUGCUGCAUCUCAUUUUUAACUUCAAAUAAAAAAUGAAUAUGACAACCAUUAAAAAGUCCUGUAGUUACAUAUGGAUCUUCACUUUAGUUGUGAUUGGAAGCUCUGGUUUCGAUCCAUUCAUGGAUAAUGAAUUGCAUAAAAUUGAAUGGGUUGAUAAGUCAACUUUCAGUUUAGAAGAAAUGAAAGAUAAAGGUGUUGUAGAAAUGAUGACAGUUAAUCAUGAAAAAUACAUGUGCAUCCUUCCAGAAUUAACAGGGAAAGAUGACGAGUCCAAGAAAGUGUAUGGAGGUUUAUCAGGAUUUGAACUAAUUCAGACAAUGUUCCAGCAGAGUAGCUGCUCCUACAGGAUUGAGAGUUACUGGACCUAUGAACUGUGUCACGGGAAACAUCUAAGACAGUACCAUGAAAAUAAAGAGUUAAGUUUAAAAAAGCCACAGGUAUUGGAAUAUUACCUGGGUUAUUAUCAACCUGUAGAUGACAAGAAAGACGUGUUGAUGACUGAUAAAGACACGACAGAAGCAGAAUCCAGAGCAGAGGACAAAAAGCUGAAGGUUAAAACUAGAAGAAUUGACCUUAUAGACUUACCUUACUUUGAAAGCAACAUGACAGAUGGAACUGUAUGUGAAUUAACAAAUCAACCAAGAAAAGCAAAAAUCUUAUAUGUAUGUCAACCUGAGGGAAGAGGAGAAAUAUAUGAGCUGAAAGAAACAUCAUCAUGUGAAUAUGAAGUGAUUGUUCUAACAAGUGUACUGUGCUCUCAUCCAGAUUUCAAGCCAAAGACCCCACCAGUUUCUACAAUAUCCUGUCUUGCUAUGGAUGGUUCACCCACUAAACCAGAGACCCUGACAGAUUGGGAAAAACAGCCAGUACCACAGUAUGAUCAUCAGGUUCAAGGUAAUUUUAUUCUACAAAGAGAAAUGAAGAAGGAAGAACCACCAAAACCACCAUCAACUCCGAAACAACCCCAAAAACCUGAUACAACAUUAACUGACACAACAGACAAACAGGUUCUCAGGGAGUUUCUGUCUGGGGACUACUGCUUUCAGGGAGGCACUGGCUGGUGGAAACAUGAAUUUUGUUUUAAUAAACAUGCUCGUCAAUUCCAUGAUGGAAAUGACGGCCGUAUUGUUAUCAACUUAGGAUAUUGGAAUGAAGACAAACACUUAGAGUGGAUUGCAAAAAAUCCAUCAAAAAUGCCAAAACCAAAAGGACAAAGAAAACAGCUAUCUUUGUUAUACACUGGUGGUGAUACAUGUGAUAUUACAGGGAAAAAUAGAAUUGUGGAAGUUAAAUUAAAAUGUAUAGAAAAGAAAAAUCAACCUCAUUCUGUCUCUAUAUAUCUAAUGGAACCUAAAUCUUGUGAAUAUGUACUAGGGAUUGAAUCUCCACUACUUUGUAAUGUACUAGACAGAGCCGACACUCAAGGUAUCAUCAAAGAUUACAAAGUAUGACACUCUCCUCUAGAAGAUUAUAAUCAAUGAAAACUGUGAUAUUUUAUUUAUGGGUUAGGAAACAUUGGGAAUAUGAUUGUGAUCUGAUUGUAAGUGCUUUUUUCCCGCAAGAAAUCAUGCAAGUCUGUGAGACAAAAAUUAGCAAACAACAUCGGUAAAUAAAAGCAGUCAUGGAUAAUGUUUUCAUAUUGGCUAAACAUGUAGACUAUUGAACAAUGAAUUUCCUCAUUCAAAUAUUUCUCAAAUUAUUAUACAUGGCUUGCAAGUUUACAAAUCAAUUUCUUUGAUUUGAAUAAUUAAAUUUUAGAACAUCUUUAAAAAAGGUUUAAAUAUUUUAUUUAAAGAUUAUUGUUUAUAACUUUUUAGUAAGAAAAAAAACAGAAAUAGAAACAUUUUUGUUUGCUUUGGGAUUUGUCAAAUGCCCGUCUGGAUUUUGUGUCAUGAUUUACCAGCAAUACACCACAUUCCUUUUUUGGACUAUUAUCAUUGUGAUAUAUAUAUAUAUAUAUGGUUAUGAUGACAUAUUUAGAAAAAACAACUUUAUAUGAUGGAAAGUUUUGUUAAUAUUAUCUGAACUGCAUGAAGUUGCAUGUAUUUAUAAAAAUGGUGCAGAAUUAUUUGAAGCAGUAUUUGUAUAUCUAUGCAAAAACUUGUUACAUAUUGAAAUGUAUUGUAGAUUAGAGGUGUUUUGUCUGUUUAUUAUUAAAUUAAUUAAAUGAGGUUUAUUCCAGCUGUUCCAGAAAAAAAAACUCUCUUCCCUAGGGAUGACAUUCUGUUUUUAGCACCCACCACCCACAGAAAUAGAAAUAAAUUAACAACACACACUUUGCAUUUUGGUAUUUCAAAUACAACCACCCAUAUAGAAUUUUAAAAAAUGCCUUCCCUGGGGGGACAUAGUAUUUUCUGGUACAGCCCUUAGACGAAUUGUAAAUUUACCUAGUACUGUAGAAGAUUGAACAUUUUAGUUGGUUAUUGUAUUUCCAUAGAUUGUCAAGAAUUUUUACACUUUUGGAUAAGUUUUUGCAAUACAACUUCCAAUUUGUUGAUCAAAAGAAAGUUACAUUGACCUAUCAAGACAUUGGCAAUCACCUUUCCAUAGUUAUAAUUUAUUGUUUAGCCAGAUUUGAACUUACAAAUAACAGUUAUUUGAAUGUCAUUAAAAGUUUAAAAAAAUUAAAGAUAUUGAGAAAUUUUAUUUGUAAUUUUAGUCUAAAUUGAUUUUGAUACUUUUAGUGAAAUUAAAAUACAGGUGACCAUUUGUAAGUGUGUGUUCAUUUCCUCUUAAAAGUGUUGUAUUCUGUAAAUAAAUGGAAUUAUUUAUGCCGAUUUAAUAUAAUCAUGAAUCAGGAAACGAUUUUCUCAUAAUUAUGUAAAGCUGACUAUUUUAGUAAUGUUAAAACCAUUGUUAUGGAAGAUAUACUGUGUAGAAAAUAGACAUUACAAAGGCAUUGUGUGAAAGUAUUUGGGAAAUGUAUUAAGUGUGAAUGGCCAAAUCAUAUCAUACAUUUACAUAUUCUUGAUUGUAAUGUGUAUAUUUUUAAUUUAUCGUCUGUAUUGUUUUCAUUUAAUAUAUAUA